AUGGCAGGAGAGAAGUUUGAGCAAACUUUUUCUUUUACUCCUCUUCCCUCAAAGAUUCCCUCCUUCCUACAGGACAAAGACAUUUCAGCACUGUUAAUGAAAUGGUCCAUGUUUGGGAGGAUUUCCGCUCAGUGCUACAGCUUUGAUCAGACAUUUAACCCUUACAACAGUGACAAGUUCGCACAGUGUUUCUUCAAAGAUCCAGAUGUUUUUUCCAGUUUAAAGAACAUAAAGGAUGGAGCCUGGGUGCCACUAGAAAAGGAAGUAGUGUGUGUCUCUGUGGAGCCUGUGCCAUGUACUCAAGUCUCCAUGGACCUGUUUGACCCCAUCUACCUCUGUGGGAUACUGAAGCCCUCUGGAUUUAUAGUGAAAUGCUUUCAUGAUGUCUACCCCGACUACGAUGAACUUAGAAAGAUGUUGCAGGAGGAAGACUCUGAGCACUACUAUGUAGUUGGGAGAGAGGAGCGAGGGGAGUUCCUGUUUCGACUCUUCAAGCACCUGUGUUUAGGAGGAGAGCUCUGUCAGUACGAGGACGUCAUCGAUUCAUACAUCAGCACCACAAAGCGAAUCUACAAAGAUCUGAUCAGUGUUCAGAAGGAUCCAGAGUCUCAGAAAAUCAGUGUCAUCUCCACAGUCCUCAAAGUCUGUGCCCAUGAUGACUCUGGAUGUUGUUACCCUGGAGGGCGGGAGGAGGAGCAGACAUUUGCCUAUUUGAUUAUUGACCCCUUCAAAAGACAUGUGACUUUGUUUUAUCACUGCUUUGGUGUCGGGGAUUUCUCACUGUGAUAGCAGAGAACAGAUACAUGGGGAAAACUGUCCCAUGUAGAACUUACUAGACUCCUUUUGGAAAUCUUUUUUUGUAUCAACAAAAAGUCAGAUAGGGAUGUAGA